CGCUGUUGUCUUUGCGUGCCUGGUCUCUUUUUUCUGCCGCUGGUGCUUCCCGCUAUGCCUGAGCCGGCCAAGUCCGCUCCCGCGCCCAAGAAGGGCUCGAAGAAAGCGGUCACCAAGGCCCAGAAGAAGGAUGGCAAGAAGCGCAAGCGCAGCCGCAAGGAGAGCUACUCCAUCUACGUGUACAAGGUGCUCAAGCAGGUGCACCCCGACACCGGCAUCUCGUCCAAGGCCAUGGGCAUCAUGAACUCCUUCGUCAACGACAUCUUCGAGCGCAUCGCCGGCGAGGCGUCGCGCCUGGCGCAUUACAACAAGCGCUCCACCAUCACGUCCCGGGAGAUCCAGACGGCCGUGCGCCUGCUGCUGCCCGGCGAGCUGGCCAAGCACGCCGUGUCCGAGGGCACCAAGGCCGUCACCAAGUACACCAGCUCCAAAUGAGUCCCGCCCGGGACGCGGCGCUCGCAAGAGUCGUCGGACGCAUGGACCCCCCCCCCCACCCCCCCAAAGGCUC